AUGGACGGGGGCAGCCACCGCGAGAAGGAGGGUCGGGCGGCACGGCUGGACAGGUGUGGGGAAGCAGAGGGCCAGGCACUGGUGUGGGGCCCUUUGCCACCGCGGGCGGCCAGCCUGGACUCCAUGGCCCUCCCCCCGGGCCCUGCGGAGGGCACCCCGGCCGCGGGCACCCCAGGGCCCAGCCACGGCCCCGCCGCCAGCCCGGCCGCCACGAGGCGCGCCCGACUGCGAGCACUGGAGGCCGAGGUCCAGGCGGCCUACGGGCAGGACCGGGAGCUGCGCCCAGAGGAGAUUGAAGAGCUGCAGACGGCCUUCCAGGAGUUUGACCGAGACCAGGACGGCUACAUCGGCUACCAGGAGCUGGGCGCCUGCAUGCGGACGCUGGGCUACAUGCCCACCGAGAUGGAGCUCAUCGAGAUUUCCCAGCAAAUCAGUGGCGGCAAGGUGGACUUUGAAGACUUCGUGGAGCUGAUGGGCCCCAAGCUGCUGGCUGAGACGGCCGACAUGAUCGGGGUCCGAGAACUGCGCGACGCCUUCCGGGAGUUCGACACCAACGGGGACGGCCGCAUCAGCUUCGGGGAGCUGCGCGUGGCCCUCAAGGGCCUCCUGGGGGAGCGGCUGAGCCAGCGGGAGGCGGACGAGAUUCUCCAGGACAUGGACCUCAACGGCGACGGCCUGGUGGACUUCGAAGAGUUCGUGCGAAUGAUGUCUCGCUAGGCUGACGCCGAAGCAGGGCGCCGCAUUCCUGGGGAGCCCGGCCGCCGGAAGUUUCUAGAUGCCAUCUGCCAUCGCCUUGUCUGGGCC